CUCUACUUUAUCAACGGCGACGUGAAGUUUGGCGACACAAACGUCAUCGGGCAGUUUGAGCAUGUCUUCGGACUCUUCUGGGGCCCCCUGUGCUGCUCUGGUUCUCCCGCCUUGCUGGCUGUGCAGCACAAGAAGCAUGUUACCGUGUGGCAACUGCAGCUCAGCGCUCUUGAACAGAACAAGCUGCUGUGCACGCAGACGUGUGAGAUGAGCGAGCCUUUCCCCUUGCUUUCACAAGGCUGCGUUUGGCACCCUAAACUGGACAUUCUUGCUGUGCUGACUAAGAGAGACACCUCUGUGCUGUUUUCUGUCAGGGUGGACAACAGGAGAGUCAAAGCAGAUAUCAAAGGUAGUGGACUCAUCCACUGUGCAUGCUGGACUAAGGAUGGCACGCGCCUGGUGGUGGCUAUAGGCAGUGCCCUUCACUCCUACAUCUGGAAUGACAUCCAAAAGAGUCUGGUGGCGUGUUCCUUCUGUCCCAUCUUUGACGUGGGAGGCUAUAUCUGUGCCAUUGAGGCCACCGGGGAAGCCCAAGUAGCUGUGGCUACGGAGCUGCCGCUGGAUAAAUUAUGUGGGUUAAAUGCUGGCAUAGCGUUCGACUUGCCAGCAGAGACAGAGGCCCUGCACAGCCAUGGCUCUCACAUCUCAGAUGAUGACAGCCUUCUGGAUUCGAGAAGAAGAUCCUUCGAAUCGGAAAGAUCCUACAUCCCUAGCUCAGGUCCUCUUGAUAUUACCCAUCUUCUGGCGAGACACCGUCGCUCUGACCCCAGCCCCCUUAUCCACUUGCGUCGCAGGGACACUGUAACAGGCUCCGGGCAGGACUCCUCGCACCUCAUUCUGGUUACCUACGAGCGAAAGGUCACCACCACUCGUAAAGUCAGCAUUCCAGGGAUUUUGGUCCCAGACAUUGUGGCUUUUGAUCCCCGUGGUUCCACAGUUGCUGUUGCAUCAAACACAUGCAACAUGGUUCUUGUGUACUGCAUCACAGCCUCCACGAUGCCAAACAUCCAGCAGAUCUCUCUGCAGCAGAACGAGAGACCCAAAGGAGUCUGUUUCCUCAGCGAUAAGAUUUUACUGUUGAUGGUGGGUCGCCAGAAGUCCAACGAGCCCGCCUUCCUCCCAUCUGCUAACACUGACAAAUAUAUUCUUCAUCUCAUAGCCAAAGAGUUGAUCUACGAUGGAGAGUCGCCUAUGUCUCCUAUCAUACCAUCCUCCUCUGCUCAGAGCCAUGAGUCCACUUCUAAUUUCUGCACAGGGAUUAGGAGGCACUCAGAGCACCUGUCAAAGGAUGACAGAGAGCGCCCGGGGAUAAAAGACUUGAUACUGCCUGGAAGGGGGGUAGUUUGCUCACCGGGGAACAGGCGAAGAUUGGUCGAGGAGGUGAGAAGCAGCGAGCACAGCCCCAUCACCAGCUCUGUGGACUUAUCAGACAGAGCCCCGUCCAGUGCCUCUUCAGUUACAGUGGAAAACUUUGACAUGGACCACGUCAGCCGCAUGGCCAGCCUGGCGGUGGCCGGACAGGUCAGCAGAGACUCCAGCCGAGCCAGUUCUCCUCGCUUCGAACCAUCUGACAGGAUGCACACAGAGCCGACACUGCCUAUGCCUGAAAAGACUCCCGGCAAGGCCAAGGAGCGCGCGCUGGAGCAGCUCGUUCACAACAUGGAAAGACUUUUUACACGCUUUGCAGAAGUGCAGCAGUGCCUGACAGAAAUCAGAGAUUACACUCAGAAUGGCAAAAAGGCCCCAAGUGUUUACCCUAAUGCCAGCGAACCCCCGUAUGUCAAUGUCACAUGCCAGAAGCAGUUGUCAGAAAAUGUUUUUAUUGACGAGCGGAGGCCAGUGCUGCUGUGCGACGGGAAACUGUGUCUGCGUGCACUCCAAGACCUCUUCAACUUUACCAUUGUGGAGAUGAUGUAUGGACCGUUGUGGGUCGUACUUGUGGCAGAUGCAGAUGGCUUUGUGCCUCUGACAUUUAAGCCCAAGGAGGAGCUCACGGUGCGGAACGGGAAGCGGAAAUCAGCCCUGCGGACUCCCGGGAGUCCAGAGAACUCUUGCCCAUCCAGUCCAGCCCCCAGCCAAAGCCCCAACACAACCACAGAGGCCUCCGUGUAGCCACUCCUAAUGCACAGUUCAAUAUAUGGACUCACAAAACAAUGUCCCUCUGUUACCAUGAUGUAUUCGACUGUCAAAUGGACCGCAGCUGUAUGACAAAAUUGCUCUCGUGUGUGUUGAAAUGACAGCCGUUUGACAAGAGAUGCUCAUUGCACUCCAUGCAUUGUUUACAUUUUCUUCUUUUAAAAAAACAAAACCUGCGCAGUUCAUGUUUUUGUUGAAGCAGGACGUGCUGAUUAGCAGUCCAGCAACAGCGGUGAGUACGUUUUAGAUGUGUUUGGGACAUGUUUCUGAUUGUUCUGACGUCUUAUAUGAACAAAUGGAGGCUAAUGGUCUUUUUUUUGAAGCAGAAGUAGAUGUAUGAAAUUCAGGUUUUACACUUAAAAUGUCAAGUUUAGCACUUUACCAUCUCAAAUGUUCUGUUUACGAGAGACCCAAAGCAUUUUCCAUCCUGCUAGAAUUUUAACACAUUCAGGAAAACCCAUGUGACCACUAGAGGGGGCAACAGUCAACAGUAACUUUUCUCUCAUGGUCAUACCCUGCUGUUAGGACCGCUGCGGUUUGUUUUGAAUGUCCAAAGAAAGGAAUGUUUGGGGAGCUUUCUGAAAAUUAAAUUUGUAUAUGUAGUG